UUUUUCUCACCGUUGCGGGGAACUGCAACAGGUGUUAAAUACUAGAGGGUUUAAUUAAAUAUCACUUUGACAGAAGCCAAGAAGUCAGGCUUUUGAUCUCUCAAACAUUAUGGAUUUUCUGGGUUCACUACUAAUCAUUUUGCUGGGUACCAUCACAGGGACCAGGGCAGAUGUCCAUCCAAUAGACAAAUAUGGGUUGAAGGGCGGUGCAGUGUGUUUGACAGUCAGAGAAAACCCUCUUCAAGAGAUGGCGAUGAAAUGGAUGACUGAUAGCAAUGUAAUAGCUGUGAAGGAAAAAGUUUCUCCUCGAUACAAGGAGAGGGUCGAUUAUAACUCCACAGACCACUCUCUUUGUCUCAGGAAACUGGAACAAACAGAUACUGGAAUCUACAUUGCAUAUAAUGUUGAGAUAUGGAAGGAGACACAAAUGGUCAAAUACAAUUUGAUGGUCCAAGAAGCUGUUUCCAUACCAGUCAUGGAGGUGGUGUCGCUCUCCUCCAACUAUAGUGAUGGAAUGUGUGACGUCACAGUGAACUGUUCAGUUACAGGUGUGUGGGUGUUGUCUGUCUGUGAUGGAGGUCAGUGCACACUGUCACAGCAGUCUCUUUCACACACCAGAGUCAACAUCAUCAUCUCCAAUGACAACGGGACUAUCCAGUGCACUGGCAAAAAUAACUUCAGUGCAGAGACCAACUCACAACGCAUGGAGGACAUGUGUAAAGGUGAGAAGAAGGGGAGAGCUUCAACAUUACCAGUUGGGACCAUUAUGGGCAGUGUUACUGCUCUUGUCUUCUUUGUUGGUGUGUUAUUUGGUGUAGGAUACAUCAUAUUAACCAGAAGACGGCAAUCCUCUAAAAAUCAGCAGUCAAUGCAGGUCGUUAUUACAGAAGUUGACAACACUAUACCAGGAAGACCAGAACUACCAAACACCCCUGGUUCUGAGGUGACAUCUAUCUAUGUCACUGCAGGCAGACCAGGAGCAGUACCAGCAUCAGCAUUAGAAGAACACCACCCAGUGGACAAAGGGUACACUUUACCAGAAGAAAGUACAGAACCACCGGCAGAGGCACUCUACAGCACUGUGCAGCAACCAGCGGCAGAAGAGCGCCACCUAGUGAACAAAGUGGGCUGUCCAAAAAGACUGAGGCCAGGACCACAUAGCCCUUCUGAUGCAGAUCCUACAUCAAUCUACAGCACAGCCAGCUUUAGCCCAGCGCCACCCAGUGGACAAAUGGACAAAUAUGGGAAUAAUGUCAACAAACUAGACAAAUUACCUUACUAAACUACCCCUCCAUUCCCCUGACUUGACCCAUAGACUUAGAAACCGAAGAAAAACACAGGGAAGUUACAAAGAGAAUAACUUAUUUUUUUAAUAUUGUCUAAUUUUUAAACAUUUUUACCCCUUUUACCCCCCAAUU